AUGGCGGACGCCGUGAUGAGAUGCUUGCACACUUCCAAGAUCCCGCAUCUGGGAGUGUCGCUGCUGGCGAAGCGCGCAGGCAGGCCCUCAAAUCUUCCAGGUCGGCAACUAUUCGUACACUGCACUUGUCAGAUACGGAAACGGGCCUUGACUACGGCCAUCACUCCUAGCAGCUUGCACCACUCCAAACACUCCUCCCGUACCUAUGCCUCGACGGCACCAACUCUCCCGCGCCCUCCCCCUCGAGCAUCCCGCGUGCCGCCGCCGCCGCCGCCGAUUGGCAUUGCAGCCCGGCAACCAAAGACCUCGAACUCGAACUCGAACAAUGGCUUGCCCAGGACGAGGACCCCGGACCGAGCUUCCUCGGGGCGAUCCUUUCAGAUCUAUUUCUGGGGCGUGUCACUGUUCGGCUUCGUGUUGUCUGCAUACCUCAGCUCCCUGUACGUGACCUAUAAGCGCGAAGUCAGGGAAUCAGCGAUGCUCGACCUCGCCCCAAACGCGGACGUGUCUAGCCGCUGGCUAGAUCUGUCACGCAACUUCGACGACGAGGUCGACAUGUCCGAGAAACUGAUGUCUCUACGGGCCAAGCGCAGGAACUUAUGCCAGCAAGCGCAGGGCAACGUGUUAGAAGUGAGCGCCGGGACAGGGCGGAACAUGGACUUGUACAAUUUGGAUCCGAUCAAUACACCGCGCAACAGGAGGAUCAAGAGUCUCGUGUUCAACGACCAGAGUGAGAUCAUGGUGUACCAGGCGCAGAAGAGGUUUGAAAGCCUGCAAGAAGAGACGGAUGCAAUUGCAAAGUUUAGGGGUCCUGUCAGGUUCAUCGUCGGAGAUGCCGGUGAUAAACGGAUCAUUAAUAGACCGGAAGGCGGCUUCGACACCAUCAUCCAGACAAUGGGACUCUGCAGUAUGUCGAGCCCUGUGGGAUUUCUGAGGAGGCUGGGUGAGCUGUGCAGACAGCCUGGUGAACGGAGUACGGGGUUGGACGUGAAUCUCGUGCGGGCGGACAGCCAAGAGAAGCGAAAUGAUAGCGGCGCUUCAGCAGAGGCGCAUGAAACAGCAGCCGGAGAUGAGCUGGACAGUGACAAGGGCGGCAAGAUUCUGCUCCUCGAGCACGGCCGAUCGAAUGUCGGCUUUAUCAACAAGUAUCUCGACAACAUUGCCAAACGGCACGCCGACCGCUACGGAUGCUGGUGGAACAAAGACAUUGAGCAGAUUGUACUUGACAGUGGGUUGGUAGUUGAGAGCAAGAAGCGCUAUCAUUUCGGCACCACGUACGAGUAUGUGUUGAGACCGAGGGGCGGAUUAGAGAAGGAUGCCAGCGAGCGCAAGCCAAGCUAG